UGUGUGACCUUCUGCAUAGCUUGUUUGUCUUAUACUGCCAAAACUCUUAUCAUUCGAAGAUGGCGACAGGAUUGUUGACCACCGGAACGGUUGUAUUUGUGGUAGGUUGGACGGUGUGGUCUGUGUCAGGCUUGAAAGAGCUGCCGACGUGGCCUAACGUGCCGGUCCGGAUCCCUCACCUGGCCGCCAAACUACAGUGUCUGGACCACGCCAUCAACCAAUUAGGAACAUGCCGACCAUUCCCCGGGAUGUCCAUAGCCCUGGUGAAGGAUGGUGUCACGGUCCUUGCCCGAGGUUACGGUUACGCGGAUGUGAAGAAGCGCUGGAUGGCGACAGACCGGACCAUGUUCGGUAUAGGAUCGGUGUCCAAGUCCUUCACCACCGCUCUCUUCGCCGCCCUGUUCGCGAAGGAUUCCAGGUUCGACUUCGGCUCGAAAAUCAAGGACAUUCUUGGACCUGACUUCCGUUUCCGGGACCGGUUUCGGACGGAGGAAAUGACGUUGGCGGACCUACUUGCCAUGCGCACUGGACUGCGUACCUACAUGGAGAUGUUUCCGGUCGGACUCAACAUGACCAGGGAACAACUGGCACGGCACGUCCGGUACUUUGAGGAGACUUACCCCGGCUCCUUCAGGUCUACCUUCACCUAUAACAACAUGAUGUACGUGCUGGCCGGACUCAUUGCCGAGAAGAUCGGCGGGGAGAGCUUCGAGAAGCUGCUGAGGGACCACAUCAUCGAGCCGCUGGGGAUGGACAGGACGGCGUACUGGAGCGAGGUUCUGAGAGGAGAUGUCCGUCUGGAGCGGGUUGCCGUGUCCUACAGGACGUACAAAGGUCCGUCCUGGGCCGUUCCCAGAAGGCCCCGCGUCCCGCCCUUCAUGCGCACCAGCUCGCCCCUGCGCUCCUGGUCGGGACACCCCCUCCCACUCCGCAACGUGCCGCACACAAGGUCGCUGGAGCACAAUCUGACCGAGUUUGGACCCCUUGACUUAGACCUACCCGCCGUUGGAAUCCUCUCCAAUGCUGUGGACAUGGCGAAGUAUAUGAACUUCCAACUGACACUGGGAAAACUGUUGAACGGAACUGAACUGGUACCCGGGAAGCUGAUGCACCUGACCCACAAGCCCCUGACGACCAUUGGAGAAAGGGGUGCAAACAACAAGGGCAAGCCAAAAUGGCCGACAUCGUCAACAACAACAGCCUAUGGCAUGGGGUGGAGAGUAGGGAAUUACAAUGGGUACAAACGGCUAGACCACAAGGGUCUCGCCAAGGGGUUCUUCAGCCAGGUUACCCUGUUCCCUGAUGCCCAGGUUGGCAUUUUUACCUCGAUCAACGGGCCAUCAGCUGGGAGAGAUACCUCAGGGCUUAUCAACGAAAUCAUCCACUAUCUGGCUGCAGAUACCCUUCUAGGGGAGAGGCACUGGCUCGAAAUGAACAACGUCUGUACAUACCCAGCACCGUGGGUUCUCCCUGGCGAUCGCCGAAGGAAUGACACCGCUGAUAAACAUAACCAUGACGACAAAAACCUCGACAUAGCAGAUGCGUCAAUGGGUGCUCCUCUUUCCGACACCUUCAUCCGGGACAAGAAAGAAUUUGUAGGAAACUACUUCUCCCGCGCGGUAGGAAACUUCACAAUAACUUUCAGCCAAUCAGAAGACAAGCUGCUCGUGAGGUAUGGUUUGAUUGGUCGAGGAGUUAUUGUCCCUACCAUCAAAAGUCACAUUGUAUACCUCCGCCAUACCGACCCGGUUGAGGGCCUGGGUGAAAUGCCAUUGGCUAUCGACAAUGCAACUGGUCCUGUGCGCUAUGUGGCCUUUCCUCCUUCGUCUAAAAGUAACCCUCUCGUUUUCUUCAGGAAUGUUGAUGACUAUGACCCACCGGCGCCCGAAUCUCUGUGGGACUGUCCUUCGGAGUAAAUAGUCACGAGUCUGUAUAUACAGCCACCGAGCUAGUCCUAGUAGCUAGUCCCAGUGUCCUAGCUCUACAGAUAAGGAUUUUCAUGUCUGCUAACGAAAAGCCUACGUUCAGUUCUGAAAUUUGUGAAUUGCUUUUAACAAUUAAAAGAAUGUGACAGUGCCCACAAACGUUAAAUGGUGCAUACAAUUAAAGAUUAUGCAAUAUCAAA